AUGGAGGUUUUAUACAUCAACUCCUCUUUGCUCUUGGUCUCUCUCAGACCCUCAAACUACAGCGAUGGGGAGAAGACGGUGUACGAGCAAUGCAAAGACAUGCCCGCCGUCCUCAUUUGGUACCUGGUCAUGCAGUUUAUCAACAUGUUCCUGGGCAUCCCAGCCAACCUCACGGUGCUGUGGCUCAUCCACAAGAACAAGGGCGACUCCUCCACCUCGGACAUCUUCAUCCUUCACCUGGCGAUUCUAGAUGUGCUUUUCUGCCUCAUCCCUCCAUUGGAGCUGGCCAACAUAGUCUUCCUCAACUCGAGCAGCGCCUGGUACGUCCUGCGGUUCUUCUACGGCAUCAAAGACUCCUCGCCGCUCUUCCUCUCCUGCAUUUGCCUGGACCGCUACAUGGCUGUGAUCCACCCCAUCACCUUCACCGAGCUCAAAGACCGCCAACACAGAACGGUCCUGGCCAUGCUGGCCUGGCUGUUCACCCUGGCCUACGCUGCCACCAAGUGCGUGGGCGACAUCAAAAACUUUGAGAAGGUCUUCACGGCAAUGAUCCUCGCCUCGUUCGCCUUCAUGGUCUUCUGCAACAUCGCCAUUCUCUGGGUGCUGCGGCAGUCUGGGCCCGGCAGAGACGAGAUGCACCCAGUGAAGAAGAGAGCCUUCAAAAUGGUCCUCAUCGUCCUGGCCAUCAUUGUGUUCAACUACUUCCCACCUGUGGCGCUGUUUCCCUUCCAGGACUACUUCUCUCCCGACGUGUUCCGCUGCUACAUUCACUACAUCGCCUUCGGCCUGAUGGACUUCAGCAGCACCAUUCAGCCCGUGCUCUACCUCUCCAAGGUAAAAAUGCCAAGGAGCCUCAACUGUUGUCCACCAGCACGACUCACGACCAAUGAGGGCAAAAGCAGGGUUUCUAUUUCUGUCGCCCAAUUGUCGUAA